UGACUGUGAUCACUUCUGUGCUGAUUUCCGGUUAGUUGAAAGAAAAUGUACAGAAUCGCAGUAUUUCUUGUUUGUGCCUUUGAGUUUUCUUUUGGUAAAAACAUACUAAUUCUGUCCGGAGUUCCAUCGCCAAGUCAUUCAAUAUGGAUCCGUCCACUGGCAACGGCUCUUGCCGCCGAUGGGCACAAUGUAACCGUAGUUAGCCCAGAUAUUGAGAAGAAACCUCCAGUAAAUUUAACCUACGUUCAUCUGGAGACUCUGUAUAGUGAAAUGUACAAUACUAGUCAGCGUGAUAACUUGCAAUUUUUCGAAAUGGCCGAUGAAGGACCACUGAAGAUGCUGUCGUUCCUGGAUGAGUUCACCAUCAUAAUGUGUAAGGCAUCCAUCAGAUCGGUUGGUUUCAAGCAUCUGAUGGACUAUCCGAAGGACUUUAAGUUUGAUCUGUUCAUGAGCGAUUACAUGAUUGGUCCGUGUCUGGCAUCACUGCUGAUAUACCGCUUCGGCAGUCCACCGUACAUUCCGGUAGCUCCGUACAAUGCGCUAGCCACGUCAGCUCCUCUCAUAGGAUCGUACGCAUACUCGGCAUCGAUUCCGAACCAUUCGUUCGACGUUCCCUUGAAGAUGUCAUUCUUGGAGCGAGUACAAAACUUUUUCUACGACAGCUACGAAGAGCUGCGGAAAGACACCUAUCUCUACCCUGAAACGGAUGCCAUUAUUCGUUCGGUCUUCCCAAAUGCUCCGAGUGCUCGCGAGCUUCAAAGCAACAUAAAACUUCUCUUCAUCAACAACAACCCACUUAUCCAGUACAAAGAACCAAUGAUGCCCAAUGUGAUUCCGGUUGGCGGAAUGCAAAUCCGACCACCAAAGCCACUUCCCGACGACCUAAACCGGAUAGUUUCAAAAGCAAAAAAUGGAUUCAUCCUUUUCUCACUGGGCAGCAACGCCCGAAGCGACCUCCUCGGUCCGGAUCGCAUCCGAUGCGUCAUGACCGCAAUGAAAGCCUUCCCGCAGUUUCAAUUCCUGUGGAAAUUCGAAUCCGACGAGUCCAAACUUCCGAUGGCGGUUCCCGAAAACGUCUUCAUUCGAGCUUGGAUGCCCCAGAACGACCUCCUGGGACACCCCAACAUCAAACUCUUCAUGACUCACAGUGGUCUGCUCAGUACUCAGGAAGCAAUCUGGAAUGGAGUGCCCAUACUCGGAUUUCCACUCUUCGCCGAUCAAUUCCGAAACAUUAACUACUGCUCGUCGAUCGGCGUCGCCCAAAGGCAGUCAAUCCAACGAUGUAACGCCCAAGAGCUGAUCGAAACCAUCCGAGAGCUAACGGGCAAUCCCAGCUAUAAUGCAAAAAUGAAGCGGCUCUCGCAGUUGGUCCAAGAUCAACCGGAAACUCCACUGCAGCGUGCCGUUUGGUGGGUCAACUGGGUGCUACGGAAUCCAGAUGUGUCCGUGCUGCAGUCCAGCGUUAUGCAAAUGGGGUGGAUGCAGAAAUAUUUAAUCGACGUGUUUCUGUUUAUUGUUCUAUCUACGGUUUUGAUUGCUUUAUUAAUUAUUAUAUUUUCCAUGAAAGUCAUAAAGCAGUUAGGCAAAAGUUCAACGAAGCAAAAGAGACAAUAAAUAAGAGAUUUAUUUAAAAAAAAAAAUGUCGAAAAUAAAUAUUCAAUUUCGUUAGCACA